AUGCAAUCGUCCGCACCCAGCGAUCCCCAACCAUCCAGCUCGGCUCUUGAAGCAGGUACCUCAAAAAAGCGAAAAAGCUCCGAAGAACAAUCAGACUCAGCCGUCGCACCAAAGGCGCCUAAAAUCCACCCAUUCUUCUCCAAACGAACCGAAAAGAAGCCGGAAGGGUCUUUUCAGUGGUUAAAGCCUUUGGGCCCGACAGGCUCAUGCUUGCACGGCAUCAAUCUGCACCCAACGGCGUCUGCCAAAGUCGCGGCGCUCGAUUUGGACGGCACGGUUAUCAAGUCCGAGUUUGCGACGAAGAGUGCGGCUGCUGGGAAACCUCCGUCGUGGAGCUGGUGGAGGUCGAUUGUGCCGGAUAAAUUGAAAGAGCUGUAUGAAUCCGGCUUCGCCAUCGUUUUUAUUUCCAAUCAGGCGCUUAAGCCUGUAGCGUUGAAUACGUGGAAGGAAAAGAUACCUCUAAUCGGACAAGCUUUGAGCGAUAUCCCGUUUCGAAUAUUGGCAGCUUCGCAGAAGGAUCAAUACCGGAAACCCAUGCCUGGAAUGUGGCGGGAGAUAGAAAGGAUAUUCAAGGAAGAAGGCGUGGAAAUCGAUAAAUCCGCAUCCUUUUUUGUUGGAGAUGCUGCUGGUCGCCAGUACGUUAAAGCGAAAGGCGAUUUCUCGAGUACAGACCGCAAAUGGGCAGAAAAUAUCGAACUGCCAUUCUUUACGCCCGAGGAAUACUUCCUCAAAUUGCCACCCCAUGAUAAUUAUACUAUGCCUGGCUUCCGAGCAUCAUCUUUACCCAACUUGCCUCUCGUAACACCGACUUCGUCCCCUAUAAUACCCACCCCGCGUCAACAGGAGGCAGUCCUGUUCGUAGGAUAUCCAUGUUUAGGAAAGUCAACUUUUUACCGCCGAUAUUUUCAGCCUGAAGGCUACGUGCAUAUCAACCAAGAUACCCUCAAAACCAGUCAGAAAUGUGCAAAGGUUCUUCAGGAAGCCAUCAAGGAAGGAAAGAGUUGUGUCAUCGACAACACCAAUCGAAAUUCUCCUACACGGAAAACCUAUCUUGACAUUUGUAAAGCCAAUAAUAUCAAGGCCAGAUGUUUCUACUUCACCGGAUCAAUAGAACUAGCGUGGCACAAUAACCUUUACAGAGCCUUUAACAUGCCUCCUUCUGCUGCAGCAAAGGAACCCGAGCGUGCUUUGUUGCCUUACAUCGCGUUUUCUGGGUUUCGCGAUAACCUCGAAGAGCCUACAUUGGCUGAAGGUUUCUCUGAGAUCAAAAAAGUCAACUGGGUCUUUGAAGGGACUGAAGAAGAAAAGAAACACUGGUUAAUGUGGCUUCAGAUUGACGGGAAAUGA